UGAUUUUGCAUUUCCGGGAAGAGAACUGUAUGUAAACAAUACACUCCCCUGUCAGCUCCUGCACACUGCUUUGUAUGGCUCUGCAUAGCAUAGGAGAGCCAUGCAAAGCAGUGUGCUUACAGUUGAAAGCACUAACACAAGCCCACAGUAAAAUAGCACACAGCAUACAGUUAACCCUUUGAUCGCCCCACAUGUUAACCCCUUCCUGCCCAGUGCCAUUAGUAAAGUCUCAGUGCUUUUUAUUAGCACUGAUCACUGUAUUGGUGUCACUGGGAAUGUCAGUGACAAGUCAGUUCCCCCCAGUGUCAGAAUGCCCUCCUCAGUCCCGC